AUGCCGGCAAUGAACGAUUGGCUCCGCGACGACCUCUUCGGCAAAGAGCACGACCUCUGCACCGCAAUCACCUCCGCCAACCCGGCCCCCGCCGUGCUCAAGCUGUGCGCCCCCGACGCCGCCCUCAUGUUCCCCAAGAUGGACAUCAUCACGCCCGAGGACGAGGACGACUUCAAGGACGCCAUGAAGGCCCCCUUCCACCGCUUCGAUGACUACGAGAUCGAGGACAUGAAAGCCCACUUCAUUGGCCUCAUGGGCGGCGUCGUCACGUACAAGAUUAAAGCCACCAGGGGCAAGGAGAAGUACAAUGCCACCGCCUCGUCGACUUGGAACCAGGGCGCCGAUGGAGAGUGGCUGCUUGUUUCGCAUUCUGAGACGUUGAUGUAA